AUGGAUGCGCUAAACGCGACCACUUUCGCGUCCUUCAACCAGACCAAGGACUACUUUGUUGUCCUUGAGGAGGUUUCCAAGUACAAUGUUCAGCUCAACUUUGCCGAGAAGCUCUGGGCCGCUUGGUACCUUUGGAUGCAGAACGACACUCUUGCGACCGGUAUCAUGAGUUUCGCCCUCCACGAAUUCGUCUACUUCGGCCGCUGCAUUCCCUUCAUGCUGAUGGACUACAUCCCUUACUUCCAACAAUUCCGAAUUCAAAAGCAAAAGGUUCCUACUCUCAAGGAGCAAUGGGACUGCGCCGCCAUUGUUCUCAUUAGCCACUUCACCGCCGAACUUCCUCAGAUCUGGUUCUUCCACCCCAUCGCUACCUACCUCGGUAUGGACUACGGUGUGCCUUUCCCUCCUGUGUGGAAGAUGGCUCUCCAAAUCGUUCUCUGCUUCAUCAUGGAAGAUGCCUGGCACUACUGGUUCCACCGUGCUCUGCAUUACGGUCCUUUGUACAAGGCUAUUCACAAGAUGCACCACACCUACUCUGCUCCUUUCGGUCUCGCCGCUGAGUACGCUUCGCCCAUCGAAACCGCCCUCCUCGGAAUUGGUGUUGUCGGCUGCCCUGUCGUCCUCCUUGCCAUCACUGGCGAGCUCCACCUUUUCACCAUGUACACCUGGAUCACCCUCCGUCUUUUCCAGGCCAUCGACUCUCACAGCGGCUACGACUUCCCCUGGAGUCUGCGCCACUUCCUCCCUGUCUGGGCUGGUGCCGCUCACCACGAUCUUCACCACGAGAAGUUCAUUGGCAACUACUCCUCCAGCUUCACCUGGUGGGACUACUGCCUGGACACCGAGGCCGGUGCUGAUGCUCACAAGCGCCGUCGCGAGAAGAAGCUCGCUGCCAUCAAGGCCCAGAAGCAGCAAUAG